AUGGCGCAAAAGCGUUUCAAAUUCAAUGAGGAUGUUCUCGAGCAGCUGAGAAAUGGGACUGCGAAGUUCGAGCUUGUUUCUUCCCCGGUUCCUUCAGUUGCUCCUCCUCCUCCUAAGAACAACGCAAGCUUGUUUGGAAUUGGGAACCACAGCACUCUCUUUUUCGCUAGAAUUGGCUCAUCCUUGUGA